AUGAAAAUGCUGCUGAUUUUGUUCCUUAUAAUAACUUGUUCCCAUGUCUCUAUGAGCAAAGAUCCUGGCCCUGAGUAUGCAGACGUGGUGUUUCUGGUGGACAGCUCGGAUCACCUGGGAACUAAAUCCUUCCCCUUCGUGAAAGCGUUCAUCAACAAGAUGAUCAGCAGUCUGCCCAUAGAGGCCCACAAGUACCACGUGGCCCUGGCCCAGUACAGUGACCAGUUCCACAACGAGUUCCAGCUGAGCACCUUCAGGAGCAGGAACCCCAUGCUGAACCAUCUCAAGAAGAACUUCGGAUUCAUGGGCGGCUCCCUGCGCAUCGGCCAUGCGCUUCGGAAGGCGCGCAGGACCUACUUCUCUGUGCAGGCCGGCGGGAGGGACAAGAAGCAGUUUCCCCCGAUUCUGGUAGUGCUGGCUUCCGCGGAGUCCGAGGAUGACGUGGAAGAGGCCUCCAAAGCCCUGCGGGAAGACGGGGUGAGAAUCGUGUCCGUGGGGCUGCAGGGUGCUUCCGCGGAGCAGCUAAAGGCCAUGGCCACGGCUCAGUUUCAUUUCAACCUCCGGGCAGUCAGGGACCUUGGCGCAUUUUCCCAAAACAUGACGCAGAUCAUCAAGGAAGCCACCCAGUACAGGGAUGGAGCAGUGGAUGACAUUCUUGUGGAAGUUUGCCAAGGCCCGUCUGUGGCUGACGUGGUGUUCCUGUUAGAUGUGUCUGUCAAUGGCAGCCAGGAGAACUUUGACUACCUCAAGGAAUUCCUGGAAGAGAGUGUAUCUGCUCUUGACAUAAAGGAUAACUGCAUGAGGGUUGGCCUGGUGACCUACAGCAAUGAGACGAAGGUGAUAAAUUCACUCAGCAGGGGCGUAAAUAAGUCAGAGGUUCUCCAGAAUAUACAGAACCUCUCUCCCCAGGCUGGGAAGGCUCACACAGGAGCUGCCAUCAGAAAGAUCAGGAAGGAAGUGUUCAGCGCACGCAACGGCAGUCGGAAAAAUCAGGGGGUGCCCCAGAUCGCCGUGCUGGUGACCCACAGACCCUCAGAGGAUAACGUGACUAAGGCGGCCGUUAAUCUCCGGCGCGAGGGCGUGACCAUCUUCACCAUGGGCAUCGAGGGGGCCAGCGACAGCCAGCUGGAAAAGAUCGCCUCUCACCCCGCCGAGCAGCAUGUGUCCAAGCUGAAAACCUUCUCCGACCUGGCUGCUCACAACCAGACGUUUCUGAAGAAGCUGCGGAACCAGAUCACGCACACCGUCUCUGUUUUCUCUGAACGCACGGAAACUCUCAAAUCCGGUUGUGUGGAUACCGAAGAAGCAGACAUUUACCUUCUCAUCGAUGGCUCUGGAAGCACCCAGGCCACAGACUUCCACGAAAUGAAGACCUUCCUGUCUGAGGUGGUAGGGAUGUUCAACAUCGCUCCCCAAAAGGUGCGGGUUGGGGCUGUCCAGUACGCUGACAGCUGGGACUUGGAAUUUGAGAUCAAUAAAUACACUAACAAGCAUGACUUGGGAAAGGCCAUCGAGAACAUCCGGCAGAUGGGUGGGAACACAAACACGGGUGCAGCCCUGAAUUUCACACUAGGACUCUUGCAAAAAGCGAAGAAGCAGCGAGGAAACCGAGUGCCCUGUCAUCUUGUUGUCCUGACCAAUGGCAUGUCCAAGGAUAGCAUCUUGGAGCCUGCGAACAGACUGAGAGAAGAGCUCAUUCGUGUUUAUGCCAUUGGGGUCAAGGAGGCCAACCAAACACAGCUGCGAGAAAUUGCAGGCGAGGAAAAGAGGGUAUACUAUGUGCAUGACUUUGAUGCUUUGAAAGACAUAAGAAACCAAGUUGUUCAAGAAAUCUGUGCUGAAGAAGCCUGCAAAGAGAUGAAAGCAGACAUCAUGUUUCUGGUGGACAGUUCUGGCAGUAUAGGACUUGAAAACUUCAUCAAAAUGAAAACAUUUAUGAAAAACCUGGUGAGCAAAUCUCAGAUUGGGGCAGAUCGGGUACAAAUUGGCGUAGUCCAGUUCAGCGACGUCAAUAAGGAGGAAUUUCAGCUCAACAGAUAUAUGUCCCAAAAUGAAAUUUCAGAUGCAAUAGACCGGAUGACUCACAUUGGAGAAACGACCUUGACCGGUAGUGCCCUGACCUUUGUGUCUCAGUACUUCAGCCCUGCUAAGGGGGCCCGGCCCAAUGUCAGGAGGUUUCUCAUCCUCAUCACUGAUGGUGAAGCUCAGGACAUAGUCAAGGACCCAGCAGUAGCACUUCGACAAGAAGGCAUAAUUAUCUACUCAGUGGGGGUAUUUGGUUCCAAUGUCACCCAGCUCGAGGAAAUCAGCGGGAGGCCCGAGAUGGUAUUUUAUGUUGAGAACUUUGAUAUUCUGCAGCACAUUGAAGAUGACCUUGUUUUUGGAAUAUGCAGCCCCCGGGAAGAAUGCAAGCGGAUUGAAGUUUUGGAUGUUGUGUUUGUAAUUGACAGCUCUGGAAGCAUUGACCAUGAUGAAUAUAAUAUCAUGAAAGACUUUAUGGUUGACUUGGUGAAAAAAGCUGAUGUUGGCAAGAAUCAGGUCCGGUUUGGGGCACUGAAGUAUGCUGAUGACCCAGAGGUGCUGUUUUAUCUGGGUGACCUUGGCACAAAAUGGGAGGUGAUUUCGGUGCUUCAGAAGGACCAGCCCAUGGGGGGCAACACUUACACCGCUGAGGCCUUAGGCUUUUCAGACCACAUGUUCACUGAAGCCAGGGGCAGCCGUCUGCAGAAAGGGGUCCCCCAAGUCCUCAUUGUGAUAACUGAUGGGGAAUCCCAUGAUGCAGAUAAGCUCAAUGCCACAGCCAAGGCCUUGAGGGACAAAGGCAUUCUUGUCCUGGCCGUGGGGAUUGCUGGUGCCAAUCCUGUGGAGCUGCUAGCCAUGGCAGGAUCGAGUGACAAGUACUUUUUUGUGGAGACGUUUGGAGGCCUGAAGGGAAUAUUUUCAGAUGUGUCAGCCAGUGUAUGUAACUCUUCGAAAGUAGAUUGUGAAAUUGAAAAAGUAGAUCUUGUGUUUCUCAUGGAUGGUUCAAAUAGCAUUCAUCCAGAUGACUUCAAGAAGAUGAAGGAAUUCUUGGCAUCUGUUGUUCAAGACUUUGAUGUCAGUGUCAACAGAGUACAUAUAGGUGCUGCCCAGUUCAGCCAUACCUAUCGGCCAGAAUUUCCACUGGGAAAUUUCAUAGGCAAGAAGGAGAUCUCAUUUCAGAUCGAAAACAUCCAGCAGAUCUUUGGAUACACGCACAUUGGUGCUGCACUCCGGCAGGUGGGGCAUUACUUCCGGCCAGACAUGGGCAGCCGGAUAAAUGCAGGUACCCCGCAGGUGUUGCUGGUCCUCACAGAUGGCCAGUCCCAAGAUGAGGUGGCCCAGGCCGCUGAAGACCUGAGACACAGAGGUAUUGACAUUUACUCUGUGGGCAUUGGAGAUGUGGAUGAUCAACAGCUCAUUCAGAUCACCGGGACUGCAGAUAAAAAACUGACGGUCCAUAACUUUGAUGAACUGACAAAGAUCAAGAAAAGGAUAGUUCGCAACAUCUGUACCUCAGGGGGUGAGAGCAAUUGUUUUGUGGACGUUGUGGUGGGAUUUGACAUCUCAACUCACGAGAAUGGGCAGACUUUGAUUGAAGGUCAGCCUUGGAUAGAAACCUACCUUCAAGACCUCUUACGUGCCAUCAGCUCCCUCAAUGGGGUAAGCUGUGAGGUGGGCACAGAGACUCAAGUUAGUGUGGCUUUUCAAGUGACCAAUGCCAUGGAAAAAUAUUCACCCAAGUUUGAGAUCUAUAGUGAAAACAUACUGAACAGCUUGAAGGAUGUAACAGUAAAAGGACCAUCUCUUCUUAACACAAACCUCUUGAGUUCUCUGUGGGAUGCAUUUCAGAAUAAAUCAGCUGCUCGAGGAAAGGUGGUUAUCUUAUUUUCAGACGGAUUGGAUGAUGACAUUGAAAAGCUUGAACAAAAAUCUGAUGAACUUAGAAAAGAAGGCCUGAAUGCCCUCGUAACCAUUGCUCUGGAUGGAGCCACCGAUUCCAGUGACCUGGCUGAUCUUCUCUACAUUGAAUUCGGGAAAGGGUUUGAGUACAGAACCCAGCUCACUAUUGGAAUGAGGGACCUUGGGAGCCGACUGUCAAAACAACUGGUUAAUGUUGCUGAAAGGACAUGCUGCUGUUUAUUCUGCAAGUGCAUUGGAGGGGAUGGCAUAAUGGGGGAUCCUGGACCACCGGGGAAAAAGGGAUCCCCAGGUUUUAAAGGCAGUGAGGGUUAUCUGGGAGAGGAAGGCAUUGCUGGAGACCGAGGAGCCAGUGGCCCAGUGGGAGAGCAAGGCACUAAGGGAUGCUAUGGUGCCAAAGGUCCUAAGGGAAACAGGGGACUAAAUGGACAGGAGGGAGAAGUUGGAGAAAGUGGAAUUGGUGGAUUAAAUGGAGAACAGGGUGAGAGUGGUCUUCCUGGAGAAAAAGGAGAAAAGGGUGAUGAAGGAUCCCAGGGCAGCCCAGGAAAGCGAGGGGUUCCUGGUGACUCAGGUGCAAAGGGCCUGCGAGGAGACCCUGGAGUUCCUGGAUUUGACAAUACCAUAGAAGGACCUAAGGGCUUGAAAGGACAACGUGGAAGACAAGGUAGAAGAGGCUGGCCAGGCCCUCCUGGAACACCAGGCUCCAGAAGAAAGACAGCAGCUCAUGGCCGAAGGGGACAUACAGGCCCACAGGGGAAAAUAGGCAUCCCAGGCCCAGAUGGACUUGAAGGCUCAUGGGGACUUAAAGGCCCUCAGGGUCCCAGAGGAGAGACUGGUGUGAAAGGCGAGAAAGGAGGUCUGGGAAGUAAAGGUCCUCAGGGACCUCCAGGACCAGGAGGAGAAGCAGGGAAUCCAGGCCAUUUGGGAAGUCAAGGAAAUAAAGGAGAACCUGGAGAUUUGGGAGAAAAAGGAGCUGUUGGCCUCCCGGGUCCUCGAGGCUUGCCGGGUGAUGAUGGCAACCCAGGUUAUGGUAGCAUUGGAAGUAAAGGAGCAAAGGGGCAAGAAGGAUUUCCUGGAGAAAGUGGACCUAAGGGUGAGAUUGGGGACCCUGGUGGUCCAGGAGAAACUGGACCCAAGGGAGCUAGAGGCAAGACGAUAUCCACUGGGCCUCCAGGAAAGAUGGGAUCUCCUGGGGAGCCAGGACCUCCUGGACGCAGGGGUGUGAAAGGGGCCAGAGGACUGGCUUCGUUUUCUAUGUGUGAGCUCAUUCAGUAUGUACGGGACCACAGCCCUGGCGGACAUGGAAAACCAGAAUGCCCUGUGCAUCCCACCGAACUGGUGUUUGCCUUGGACCAGUCUCGAGAUGUCACCAAGCAGGAAUUUGAGCGCAUGAAGGAGCUGAUGACUUCCCUGGUGAGGGGCGUCAGGAUCCGGGAGAACAGCUGCCCGGUGGGCGCACGCAUCGCCGUCCUCACCUACACCUCUCACGCCCGACACCUCAUCCGCUUCUCAGACGCCUACAAGAAGAGCAAGCUCCUCAGGGAGAUUGAAGCUAUUCCUUACGAGAGGUCCUCAGACAGCAGGGAGAUCGGCAAAGUGAUGAGGUUUAUCUCCAGGAAUGUCUUCAAGCGAACACUUCCAGGGGCUCACACAAGAAGAAUCGCCACCUUCUUCAGCAGCGGCCAGUCUUCUGAUGCCCAGACCAUUGCUACAGCAGCUAUGGAAUUCAGUGCCCUUGACAUCAUUCCGGUCGUGAUUGCGUUCAGCAACGUGCCCUCCAUCAAGCGUGCGUUUGCGAUUGAUGACACUGGCACAUUCCAAGUCAUAAUGGUUCCAUCUGGGACUGACUACGCACCAGCAUUAGAGAGACUCCAGCGGUGCACUUUCUGCUAUGAUGUAUGCAAGCCGGACCCUUUUUGCGAUCAAGCCAAACCACCCCCUGCAGAGUCUUACAUGGAUGCUGCUUUUCUUCUGGACAGCUCCCGGCAUGUGGGAAGUGCUGAAUUUGAAGACAUAAGACACUUUUUGGGAGCACUCUUAGAUCACUUUGAGAUCACCCCAGAGCCUGAGACCUCUGUCACUGGAGACCGGGUAGCCCUCUUAAGCCAUGCUCCCCCCAACUUCCUACCCAACACUCAGAAGAGUCCUGUUAGAACUGAGUUCAACCUUACCACCUACAAUAGCAAACGCCUCAUGAAGAGACACCUGGAAGAAUCAGUUCAACAACUAAAUGGAGAUGCUUUCAUCGGUCAUGCCUUACAGUGGACCCUGGACAAUAUUUUUUUAAAUACACCCAAUAUGAGAAGAAACAAAGUCAUAUUUGUGAUAUCUGCAGGGGAAACCAGUCACUUGGACAGGGAAACCUUAAAGAAAGAAUCCUUGAGAGCCAAAUGUCAAGGUUAUGCCCUAUUUGUGUUUUCCCUUGGCCUGGCUUGGAAUGACAAGGAACUGGAAGAUCUAGCCAGCUACCCUUUGGAUCACCACUUGGUCCAGCUUGGCCGAAUUCAUAAACCUGACCACAGAUACAGUGUGAAGUUUGUGAAAUCUUUUGUAAACUCAAUCAGGCGUGCAAUCAACAAAUAUCCACCCUUAAACUUGAAAAUGAAGUGCAGCAGACUCAGCUCUACAGACCUGAAGCCGCCCCCGCAGCAGUGGCGAAGCUUUAUUCCUGGACCACAUAAAACUGCCCUCAAAGAAGAUGUAUUACAGAAGGCAAAGUUCUUUCAAGAUAAAAAAUAUCUUCCAAGAGUAGCAAGAGGCAGCAGUGAUGAUAUUAUUCGAAAUCUUACCAGAAACACAUUCCAUACCUUUAAAAAUGGAAAAAAGGUGAUAAAAACUGCUCCAAAACAAUAUGAUAAAGGAAGUGCUUGA